GCUCAAGAUCGCGCUCUCAGAUUUCUUUGAGAGCCUUAUCUCUUUGGGUGAACGUCUUCGCUCUUCCGGCCUGGCUGCAGCGGAGAUUUUCUGCCGUACUCAGCCAUGGGGAAGCUACGUUUUCGUCAAGGGCAAACUUGGCUGGUUUCAACGCCAUGGUGGCCGAAAUGGGACACUGGUACCUAUUGAAGUAGGCGAGAAACAGGCCUGGUUUCAAUGGCUGGUUCGGGCAAUGCACACUGGAUCCUUGAAUUUAACUCGGACCAUUCACGACUGCAUCUGGCAGGAGUAUCGUGCACUUGGCUUCGAUCUUCUCCCUGGACUGGACUACAUGAAUGGAACUCUUGGAGCGGAAGCUUGGGCCGCGAGCGCGAAGCUCGCCAGCAAAGGCCUGGAUCAUCUCUCCUGGUUGGCAUUCAUUGGCAAUAUGUCCGACGAGAUGCCUCAGGGCAUCGUGAAAGGUGCAUUGGAGCAUGGCUCCACGAUGCUCGAUUUCCGGACAACUAUGAAAGACCUUCUUCCGAGCUGGAAGCACUGCAGACAGCUAAGUGCCAGUUUGCCCCGGCGACUGGAGCUGGAAGAGCUCGCGUGGGUCCUCCAAAGAGAGCCUUGCAACCAGGCGGGUUUAGGGUGUUCCGAGUUUUCGGUGUUUCAGGAUGUUCGGUUUAGGUCUUUCGGUGUUUUGGGGUUUGGGGCCUAG